AUGGAGGAAACAAGAAUCGAAGAACUUGCUGAAGAUAUACAAAUGGAGAUUAUGUCAUGGUUGCCUCUGAAAUCAUUGGUGAAAUGCACCUGCGUCUCAAAGCAAUGUGCAUCUUUAAUCCGCUCGAAAUACUUCAGAGAUCGUUACUUGCGUAGAUCGAUGACAAGGCCUCGACUCUUGUUCGUCAACUUCCCAUUCGGACGUGAUGUGUUGUUGCACUCUGUUUAUCAAGAAGAGGAGCCUUUGCUGUCGUCUGGUCAACAACAGAUACGCAUUUCUCCAGAUCCAAGAUGUGAGGUUUCUCAACCCAUCCGUGGUCUGCUCUGUAUUCAAGAAAACACCAAGAUUGUGAUUCUCAAUCCCGGUACGAAAAAGUUGCUGACGACUAAAUUACCAAAGAUCCAAGCGCAUAAGAACGCUGUCAUAACUUGUUUCUUCGGAUACGAUGAAUCAACCGAUGAGUUCAAGGUGUUGUGUAUGACGAAACUGGCGUCUGAUGGACCAUCGGAAGGAGCUAUUAAUGAACAUCAAAUAUCAACCGUGUGUUUUGGUGACGAAACUUGUUGGAGACGGAUCACAUGUAAGCAUGAUCAUUCACCAGUUACUCAAGGACUAUGUAAAGAAGGGCUUUUGUACUAUGGAGCUCAGUCCAGUAGUAACAAGUCUCUGGUCAUGAGGUUCAACGUAAGUUCUGAAGUUUUCAGUGUCAUUGAAGUACCAGAGGAAGUCCAACUUGAUCAUCGUUGGAAACUGGUGAACUAUAAUGGGGAUAUUGCGUUAGUGAACGACUCUGACUUUGACUACGGAAUUGUCAAUGGAGUUUUUGAUAUAUGGGUUAGGAACGAAACUGCAGGAGAUUGGAGGAGAAACAAGAUUGAGAUUGCUGGUUGGGAAGAAACUGUUGAUAAUCAUAAGUUUUAUUUCAAAGGUACCAUUGGAACAAGAGAACUCGUUUUCACACUAGACUCUGUGAUUGAAGGAUCAUUCUUGGUGGUCUAUUACGAUACAGCCACACACAAUCUCAGAACAUUUACGAUUGAAGGAGUGUCUGGAGAUCAACUCAAUGAUGUUCGAACAUUCUUAGAUCAUGUUGAUAGUACUUGGCUUAUGUAA